AUGACAGAGGCACCAUUCAAAAUUGCGGUUUCGGACGAACGAAUUGAUCAACUUCGUCGAAAGCUGGAGGCCACUGUCUUCCCAGAUGAAUUAGAUGGGGCUGGAUGGGACUACGGUCCCCCGUUGGCUGACAUGCGGCGCCUGGUCGCACGAUGGAAAGAUGGUUAUGACUGGAAAAAACACGAGGCACAACUCAAUGAAGAAUUACCACAAUUUACCCGAGAUAUUGAGGUCGACGGCUUCGGAAAACUCAACAUCCACUACGUCCAUAAGAAAAGUGCCGUAACGGAUGCCAUUCCCCUGUUGUUCGUUCACGGAUGGCCUGGAAGCUUCUAUGAGAUACGCAAGAUGCUGCCUUUGCUUACCGAAGGAUCUUCAGACCAUCCCAGUUUUCAUGUUGUCGCUAUUAGUCUUCCAGGAUAUGGAUUCUCCGAAGCCCCCAAGAAGAAAGGCUUCGAACUUGUCCAAUUCGCAGAGGUUGGAAAUAAGUUGAUGCUCGCUCUCGGGUAUAACGAAUACGUCACUCAAGGAGGGGAUUGGGGCUUUUUUAUCACUCGCCGGUUGGUUCAGUUAUAUGGUCAAAAGCACUGCAAAGCAUGGCAUACAAAUAUCGCUUUAGCACCGCCUCCUCAUCCAAUUCGCAAUCCUUUAACCUAUCUUUCUCAAUUAUUCUCGGGACUCACUGCAGCUGACAAGAAAGGUCUCGAAAGAUCACAGUGGUACCAUCAGAAGUCGAGUGGAUAUUUCCAUGAACAGGCGACUCAGCCACAGACCCUAGGCUACAGUUUGGCUGAUUCUCCUGUCGGUCUGCUAGGAUGGAUAUACGAAAAGUUGGUUACAUGGACUGACAAUUAUCCCUGGGAGGAUGAUGAAGUGUUAACUUGGAUUUCCAUAUACUGGUUUUCGCGCGCCGGGCCCGCAGCAUCAGUGCGAAUAUAUUACGAGGUUUCUAAUGCGAAUCCAACAUUCCUUACCGGUAUUACCCCUCAGCCAACAACCACCCCAAUGGGUCACUCCUAUUUCCCGAAAGAGCUCAUUGUCCUUCCUCGCAAGUGGCUCAAAGCACCCAACCUAGUUUUUGAAUCUGACCACCAAAAAGGGGGCCACUUUGCGGCGCACGAGCAACCACAUGAAUUGGCCAGUGAUUUACGCAAAAUGUUUGGACGGGGAGGACCUGCAUUUGGUGUCGUUCCAGGCAAAAACGGAUACGAUUGA